UCUGCCAGUAGUGAAUCGCUGUGCCGGACGCCCUCAAACUCAGAAGGUUAUCUUAUCUACCAGCGCCGCCAUGGACUUCUUGAAGCCUUCUACAACUCUGCACUCGCACACCCAUCACGUCGUGGGUCGUUUGUCGUCGUUUGUUUCGCCUUGUUCUUCCGCCCUUGUCCAUUUCCUCUCCGCUCGUUUCAACUCUUUGACUCGACCGCUGGAGGCUCAUGAAGUCCUAGUCUUCAGCAGGUAGCUCAUCCUCUCGAGCUACAGGCUUGUGCUUGACGUCCUACCACACCAGGCUGCACCUCAGUCGUAAUGCAGGACACUUUCCUCCUGGCAUACGCAUGCCUCCUACUCCUCCUACCGCAAGCCACAGCCUUCUACCUCUACACUCCCAAAGCCUGGGGAGACUUUGCCACCCAGAGGCGACCAGCGAAAGGCUCUCGUAGCAUUCCCGCUUCUUCAAUUAGCACUCCGGAGCGAGCAAUCAAUUUACCCCUCCGUCGUCAUCGUGUCGCCCGACGCCCCUUGCGCUUAAGAGACAGCGCGUACGACAUAACAUCUGCACCCAGACCUACCCAGACGAACAGCGUGGGAAUUGAUCAAGAUGGAACGGACUACACAUACAUGGCAAGCAUGCAAUUUGGUACCAGUCAAACGGAAUACCAUAUGUUGCUUGAUACAGCCGCUUCGAAUACUUGGGUCAUGAGUUCAGAUUGUAAAAGUGACGUUUGUGGAUUCCAUAAUACGCUUGGAAAGGAUUCGUCGUCUACUCUACAGACUACAGAUGCCCAGUUUAGUGUCGCUUACGGCACUGGUAACGUCAAUUGUACGGUCGCCUCUGAUACAGUACACUUUGCUGGAUUGUCUGUAGACCUCAAAUUUGGUCUUGCGACAGGUAUAUCCGAAGACUUUGCCAGCUUUCCCCUCGAUGGCAUUCUUGGACUAGGCCGAAUCGACUCAGACCCUCAUGGAACCAACGCACCCUCUCUCAUGGAAGCCCUUAUCCAUGAGCGGCUUAUUGAUGCUAAAGUCAUAGGCGUGCACCUUGGCCGACAUGCCACUCCGCCGAUUGACGGUGAGCUCAAUCUCGGUGCACCAAAUCCCACUCGUUACGACGGUGACCUGCAUUACAUCGACAUCAUCGACAACGCGAAUGGAUUUUGGGAGAUACCAAUCGAUGAUGCUGGAGUGAAUGGGCAAUCGUCCGGCUUGCAGGGUCGCUCUGCAAUCCUAGAUACCGGAACAUCAUUCCUACUCAUACCUCCGGGUGAUGCUUCGAAGAUCCACAAUCUGAUACCCGGCUCCAAAUCGAUCGCUGAUGCCUACACGGUUCCGUGCGAUUCCACCGCAGCAAUCCAAUUCACAUUUGGUGGUAAGACGUACAAUGUCUCUUCACUUGAUUAUGUCGGCCGUGAUAAUGGCAACGGCGCUUGCAAUAGUCAAAUAAUCCCACGCCGAACUUUCGGGGAGAAUCAAUGGCUUCUUGGAGACGUCUUCUUGAAGAAUGUGUAUACCGUCUUCGACUGGAGCGAGUCAAAGGUUGGAUUUGGCGUGAAAGGUGAUGCGGACGUUGAGACGAAUGGCAGCCCGGAUCCUAGCCCUACUGCAACCGGAGCCUCGCCCACGUUGCCCUCUACUGCACCGACUUCUUCUGAUACGGACACACUUACUUCUGGCAAUGAUCAACAGAACACAGCGUCAUCUGCAUCUCAGGGGGCUGCACCAUCGAACAAGGCUAGGUCUGGAAGCGGCAUGCUUGCGUUGGGCGUCGCUAUGGGUGGCUUGAUCGCUGCGAUGUAAACAAGCCAUGAGUCAUUUAUUAUAUGGGAAUGCAUAUAUAAAGUGUAUGGAUAUGAACAUGUAUAUACUAUCGUGCUAUUGGGGCAUGGACCGGCGUUUUUGCAUAAAGCAUGGCGUUGCUAGACGAGAUCGUAGAUCGACUGCUGAACAGCGACAGUAUCACGAAACGUGAAUGAGAUACAUUGUCAAUUCCAACG